AUGUCAUCCCGCUCAUUAUGGAGAAGUCUGCACUACAGUGCAAAGCGAAGGGCUGCAAUUCCCCAGAGCCAGUACCGAUGCUUCUCCUGCUCUUUGCGAGUACAAGAUAGCAAGUCGAAUCACGACGACCAGAUGACCCAUUUCGGCUUCAAGAAUGUUCCUGAAUCUCAAAAGGAAUCUAUGGUACGGACGGUGUUUAGCUCUGUUGCAGCUUCCUACGACACCAUGAACGAUUUCAUGUCCCUUGGGAUCCAUCGUCUAUGGAAAGACCACUUUGUACGAUCGCUGAACCCCGGGUCCGCCCUACCAUCCCGCGACAACGACACCACCGGCAAAGGCUGGAAUAUCCUCGAUAUCGCUGGCGGGACCGGCGACAUCGCAUUCCGCAUGCUCGACCACGCGACCAACAUCAACAACGACCAUCAGACACGGGUGACAAUUGCCGAUAUCAACCCCGACAUGCUGGCGGAGGGCAAGAAGCGCAGCAUCGACACCCCCUAUUAUAAUACUCCUCGGCUGUCCUUCAUGGAGGCCAACGCGCAACACAUCCCAGGUAUCCCGGACAACUCGGUAGACCUGUAUACAGUUGUCUUCGGCAUCCGUAAUUUCACGGAUAAGCAGGCUGCACUGGUGGAAGCGUUCCGAGUCCUGAAGCCUGGCGGUGUCUUUGCGUGCAUGGAGUUUAGCAAGGUAGACAACAGUCUAUUCAAUGCGAUCUACAAGCAGUGGAGCUUCAGCGCUAUUCCGCUCAUCGGUCAGAUUGUCGCCGGUGACCGGGAUAGCUACCAGUACCUUGUCGAGAGUAUUGAGAAGUUCCCCAGCCAGGAAGAGUUCCGGUCUAUGAUUCAGAAGGCUGGAUUUAUGAUUCCCGGCCGAGGAUACGAGAAUCUCACUGGUGGGAUUGCAGCGAUCCACAAAGGAAUCAAGCCUUUGACGAAGUGA